AUGGCAAACGCCACUCUUCCCAUGCUUCCCGCCGGCCCUUACUACUGGACGAACAGUGGGGGCCACCGGCUGCACAUCCGCUGCGCGCCGCAUCCGCAGCCACGCGCAGUGAUGAUUUACAAUCAUGGCUACGGGUGUCACAUGAACGGCCCAUUCGUGUGGGACAUGAUCCGUGCGUAUAGCGACCGGCUGGAGGUUGUGGUGAUAAGCUUCGAUAUGCAGGGCCAUGGCUACUCGGAGGGCCCCAGGGGACUGGUUUCCAACUUCGACGACUUUGGCAGGGAUGUCGUAGAUUUCCUGGAGCUGAUCCACGAAGCAGAGGAGGCAGAAGGCCCCGACUAUCACCUCUGCGACGAGGAGACGUUGCACCAGGCCCAAAACUUGCCUUUCUUUCUUACGGGCGAGAGCAUGGGCGCGGCAGUGUCCAUUCUGGCUUCCUUGCAGCUGCCAAUCCUUCCCACCAGCAACCGGCUCUGUGGAUUGGUGCUGGCGGCUCCGGGGGUCCAAGACCCCAAUCGGAGCACCCCUCCUUGGCUGUCCCGGCAUUUCAGCAGCAUGCUGAAGAAGGCCCCGUCCCUUGGCAACUUGGGCGUUCCUAGAACCUUCACCCCGACGAUCUCUGGCGAGGCGCUCUUCAUCGACCCGAAGCACAUCGAGCACUUCAACCGGGACCAUGGCGGCGUGGAGGCCGGGUCCAUGGGGCUUGCGCACGCAAAGAUGAGGGCUCAAACUGCUGCGGCCUUUGUGGAGAUGUUCGAGACCAUGUCAGAGAGGCUGCGUCAAGUGGAUGUCCCGAUCCUAAUCUUCCAUGACCCCGAGGACUCGGUGACAGCCUUCACUGGCUCGGAAAUGAUCUUACAAGAGGUCGCCAGCACCGACAAGCUUCUAAUUCCGGUAGAGGGGGGCCUGCACUGCCCACACGUGAACAAGCCUGAGGUGGUGAUGUCCUCCAUGGAUGAGUUCUUUUCACGCCAGCUCCUUGCAGAGCCGAAGCCGCGGCCAAGCCUCAGGUCGCAGCCUUCGCGACAGCUUUCUCGUCAAUUUUCUCAUCAGCUUUCACAACAAGUCUCUCGAAGCUGGACCGUUUCUUGGACCACGACUUCUAAGAGCGUGACUUCUAAGCCUUCAUCCCGAUCCCAUUAUUCGCAGAUUGCGGCGAUGAGCCGCUGGGGUGCCCCGAAAAGGACAGCCCCACAGGUGACAUUGGUGCUCCUCAUGUGCCAGGGUGGCGUGGUUCUUGCACCGUUCUGGGUCUUCAGCCUUGGUGGCGAUGCAGCCGUCUACCUCCUCCUGGCCAUUGCAGCGGUUUUCCUCCUCGCAGGGUUUUGCAUGAUCUUCGCGGCCGGCAGAAGUCUGUGGCGACUCCGCAAAGUUGCCGGCCAAACACAGCCAGCAGGCAGCACAGCAGCGGCUGCUGCUGGUUCUCCCACAAGUCUUGCGAGGCACUUGCAGCGCCAGCGCCCGUUGCACUUGGUCUGCGUACCGAUCUACAAGGAGCCUGACGAGAUGAUCCUGGCCACCAUCGCUCGGCUGGACGAGUCCGACGCCGCCAAGCGCAUGAGGGUCGUCUUCGCCAUGGAAGCAGCGACAGAUCGCCCGGAAGAGCGAUUCCAGCUCUAUCGAAAGAGCCUCCGCCGUGUACCGGAGGUGUGCUACUACGUCCAUCCAGUGGGCCACACGCCUGGUGAGAUCCGCGGCCUCUGCUCCAACCUUGCCUACGCGCUUGCCCAGGAUGUGGCCAUGCUGGGGAGGAAAAUAAGCAGAUGCCUGCUAACCAAGGUAGACUCUCAGGUGCUUCUCCCACCGAACUACUUCACCCAGCUGGAGCAGGCCUACAUUCGCCGGAAAGACGCAGUGACGCGGAAUCCGGGAGAGCCUUCGCCUGUGGUUUGGCAACCACAGCUCGUCCAUUUCUUGAACCGCGAGUUCAGCCAUGGUCCUCUGCGGGCUUUGGGGGCCAUGCGGAGCUUCAGCUACCCGGCCUUCUUCGGCUUCAGCAUCAUGACGGUCACUUGCUACAGCUUGCCCCUCCUCCAAUAUGUGCAAAUGGGCCUUCAUCAUCCAUCCUACAUGGGCGAAGAUUGGAUGGUGCUGGCACAGAGCGCCGUGUCGUCUCGCGGCCGUGCCCUUGUCGAACCGCUCCCUGUGCUGGUGGCUGUGGCACCACCCUUGGACUCCACGUUCUGUGGAGCCUGGAGUGAAGGGACCAAGCAGUGCAUCCGAUGGGCCGCGCAGUCGAUGGAGGUCGCAGAGUUCCGGUGGAGGUUUCGUCCGAGGGGGGGGACCUUGGCCAGUUUUUGGUGGAUGUUCAAGUACUGGCUUUUCCGGAUUCUUGUGACGAAUGGCCUAGGGGUUUUUGCCCUUUGCACGUCGAUCGCUGUGGCCAUCUUUGGCUCAGACUUGUCUGACGACCAGCUCCUCCUGGUGUCUUUGCUGGACAAGUUGCUUCUCGGCGUGGUUUUGGCCCUGAUACUUGUGAUGCCCCUCUACGAGCAAUAUCUCUUCACUCUGCUUCAAGAUCCCCAGUUGAAAGCUCCCAUGAGCCAGCUGCCUGUGACAAUCCUCUCCACACCGGGGUGGCUGUUCUUUCAGAUGGUCGUGGAUUAUUGUUCCUGGUGGAAGCUUCUCCUGCAAGGUAAGGAGGCGAUCACUUUGACCCACCGAAAGAAGAAAGCAGCUGCAACGAAUACGCAGGCUGCCUUGCAACAACAAGCGGCCGUGGCACCUGAAUCCGACUCGGAUGAUUACGUCAGUGUGUGA